AUGUCGGUCCAAGAUCCUUCCCUAUUGGAUACGAACUGGCUUGAUGUAGCCGGCUACGUCUCAGCGCGCAAGGACACGUAUCCAUUCAUCGAUUCCACAAAGGCCGACCUGACGGGCAAGUCGGUCUUGAUCACGGGCGCCUCCAAGGGCAUCGGCAAGGCGACCGCGAUCAGCUUCGCCACCGCGGGCUGCUCGAAGAUACUGCUGGCCGCUCGUUCAGACCUGGCCGAUGUCGAGAAAGCCGUCCACGACGCCGCCCUGAAGGCAAACCGGCCCCAGCCGUUCGUGCAAUGCCUGAACGUGGACGUGACCUCGGAGGACUCCAUGCGAGCAGCUGCCGAGACCGCGACUGCCUUGCUCGAUGGCAGCCUCGACGUCCUGGUGAGCAACGCGGGCUACCUGGAGGAGUGGAAGCCCAUCGCCGAGUCCGAGCCGAGCGAGUGGUGGCGGACUUGGGAGGUCAACAUCAAAGGCACCUAUCUCGCCGCUCACUUCUUCGUGCCGCUGCUGCUCCAGUCGCAGACCAAGACGGUCAUCAACAUCAGCAGUGGUGGUGCUCACGUCAUCUUUCCCGGUGCGUCGGCAUACCAGACGACUAAGUUCGCCCUCUGUCGCCUCACCGAGUUCCUGGACAAGGAAUACCGCCAGCAGGGCCUGAUCGCCAUCGCGCUCCAUCCGGGCGCCGUCAAGACCGAGCUGUCCAUGAACAUGCCCCUAGAGAGGCAAGUCAUCCUGACCGACACGCCGGAGCUGGCUGCCGACACGCUGAUCUGGCUCGCCCGUGAGCGACGCGACUGGCUCGCCGGCCGAUUCGUUUCGGUGAGCUGGGACAUGGAGGAGCUGGAACAGAAGAAGCAGGACAUUCUCCAAAGAAACUUGUUCAAAUUCCGCGUGAUGGUUUGA